CCCUCGUAAAUAUCUUUAGCAGCCCAGCCAAGUUCGCAACCUGAGCGAGCAGCCUAGCCAAGUUCGCAACCGGAGCGAGCGGCCAUAGCCAGGUUCGCAACCACAAGACAGACCACACCCGGACCCAACCCUAGCCUGUCACUGUCAACGGGUCGUCAGGGCAACGGGCAUUACUUUGACAACGAGACCCUGUAACGAAAAUAAGGGAAGAAGUCAUUAAAGCUUGGAAUUGGAAUAAACAAUACGUUUUGGGUGCAGUAAGAGAGGAACUCUGACAACGAAAGUGAACCAAAAACUCUGCGGAAAACGAAGGUGAACCAAAAACUCUGCGGAAAACGAAAGUCAACCCAAGUUCGAAAGUUUCUAUGCGUCAUAGCAAUGGACUACAAGAGCAACUAUCCGCAGAUGGUGAGGGAAGCGGGCUUCAAGCUGCGACAGUACCGCGAUGGGCCCCUGGACUGGCGUUUAAUGGGUUCCUAUGAGACAGAACGCAUAUUGCGGGAACAAAACUUUGAGCUUGUGGACAAGGCGCUGCAGCACCUGUCGGAGGCACCGCUGGGCACUGUGCUGGAGACGCACAUUCUGGACAGCGGCAUAGCCAAGUACUUUGUGAUGUCCCAGUAUGCCAUCCAAUAUCUCAUCUGUUGUCGCACCUACCUGGAUGAGUGUGUGACGGAUUUGCGCGAGGCGCAUGAGAUCUCACAGCAGGAGAUUGCCAAGCUGCGCAAGUCCCUCGUGGAGUCCAGCAAUGAGGUGGUGCAGCUGCACAAGCGAAUCACCGAGAUCGAAGCCAUACGCGAGGUCGUCUAUCCCUGUCAUUUGUGCACCAAAAACUUCAUCAGCAACGAGGCGCUCAACGUGCACAUUGGGCGCAAGCAUCGCGUGGGCACGCCGCCCAGUGUGGGUGCCAAUGCCAAGGACAAGGACAAUGACAUGAAUCUCAUAAACACCAUCAAAAUGGAGCUGGAGAUUAAGCAGCUGAAGGAGCGCCUCAAUGCCGCCGAGCGUAACAUCAAGGAGCGCAGCAGUGGCUCCAAGCGUCCGAGUCCGCGCCAGGAUCAACGCAAUGUGGGCAUACAAAGCAAUCUGAGCGAGGCCAAGGAGAAGGACGAGCUGCACAGCGAGGUGCUGGAGAGUGAGGCGAGCGAGCGCAAGGAGCAGAUGCACGGCCUGGCGGAGCGUUUGAGCAACUUUGAGGUGUGGCAAACGGAGCAAAAGCAAAGCAACGAGCAGUUCAUACAGGACAUCAAUCAGAAGCUGGAAGGCCUCAGCCAUGCCCUCGAGCAGUCAAAGAAGGUCAGCAGCAACAGCCACACAGAGGCCCCGCCCACACCUCGCCUGGAGGAUCUGGAGCGCAUACUCACCGAAAAGGUCACAGAGAUUGGCCAGAUCAGUGCCAACAAGCUGGAGGAAGUCGUAACGCAACUAGAGACCGGCUACAAUGAUAAGCUGCAGGCGCUGGAACGUGAACUCAAGCAGCUGCGAAUGCGCAAGGAGACACAGCAGUUGCCCAAACCACAGCCGGUUGCGAGUGUCCACAGUGCAGGCACCUCCAAGAUACCCAAACCUGUGAGCCGCAGGGAAGAAACAACUGCGGAGCGCAUACGCAAGCAAGUGGAGAGUGAAUUCCUGAAGAACAAAGCAGACGAUGAGACUUACCCGAUUGAAGAGGCGCCGCCUCCUGCUCCAGUGGAGGUGCAAGUGGAAAUCAAUGAGCAGCCAAGUGCCGGCAGCUCCAGCAGUCAUCCAACGUACACGAAGCCUGACGUGGAGGCAGCUGCCAGCAAGCCAGAGGCACGGGAGACCACAGACAUCGAUGAGAGCCUCAGUCAGGAGGAUGCGCAAGCGGUGGAGGUGGAUUCAGAGCACACGCUCUCGGAUGAGGGCAGUGAAACGUCCAGCUUCGAGGCGGAGACACAGCCAGUACACAAGGCAGCCAGCAGCAGGCCGCCAGCGAGAGUCAAUAUUCCACAAAGACCGCUAACCCGCAAGGAUGCACGCAAGCUGCUCGUUCGUAAGAUGAGUUCCCAUGGCUUUGACCUGAAAUCCAAGACCAUAUCCCACACGACGAUGAAGCGCAUCAAUGGGGAGCUGACGGAGCAGCGCAACAAACUGAAAUUGAAAUAUCCACAUUUCUAUGCCACACGCAAUCGCAUACGCAAGUUCGUGGAGAAACUGUGCUCCGCGAAGAUGCCGCCACGGGCAAAAGAGCUGCUGAAACACACGACGCCGCUGCAGCCAAUGGAAGCGCCACAACGUGGAACCAACCGAUCGACCCACAGCUCCCACGACGAGGAAGACGCCUCGGACACCAGCGAGCACUCCGAAUCGCGUAGUUCCAGUCCACAGCGGCCGGUCGAUGAUGAUUUUAAGGCCCGCUUGGAGCAAAUUCUUGUGAAGCCCGUGGCCAUUGCAGCGCCACGUACAGCUGUCAAGUCUUCUUUGAGUGCCAGGCCAGUGCCGCUGCCGCGAAAACGAGUCAUGUUCAAUACUAUGGGUGCGGGCAAAGGCUUUAACGACAGCGAAGAUGAUUUAAAAUAAAGCUAAAAUAAAUUCUACCAGAAAACGAGC